AUGGAGAACACGAUCAUCGGCAGCACAAUCAUCUUCAGGGCCUUCAGCCAGAGCUCUCCUCCGAGCCUGGUCAUCCUCCCUGGGUGCCUGCUUGGUAUUCCACCCGAGGCUCUGAAACACGAAGCCGCUGACGGCCCCGACGACCACGGCGGACAUCACCUGGCACGUGGGGUUCGCGAGCGCCCGCCGCAGGCGCGAGCCAUCGCCGCUGGCCUCGUCGCCCUUCGGCAUCCUGCUGGGCCUCGAUGCAGGGCGCCGAAGAUGCCGAAGAAGGCACCCAGUCUUGGAAUGCGCCGAAGAUGCCUC